GCAGGGAGAAGAAGGAAUCACAAUAAGAGAUGCCUGAACUAUCGAGUAACUAUCCAACAUAAUAUCACAUCAUCACUUCCCCUUGUUGGAUUGCAAGUGUGGAAAGCGGCUUUGGUGUUAGUAGAUUUUGUGCUGCACAAAAGUUUUAUGUCAUCUGACUUUGUUGACAUGAUCGCUGUAGAACUUGGUGCUGGAACAGGGUUGCUUGGUAUACUACUUGCACGUGUUUUGAGGGCAAUCUUUGUCACAGAUACAGGUACUGAAGUCCUGGAUAAUUGUGCUAUUAAUGUCCAGAUCAAUGCUAGUGCGCUCAAGUACUGUGAAUCUUCUGUUCUUGUUCGAGAACUUGAUUGGAGAGUCAUAGCACCCAAAAUUGGCGCAUCUGAUGUAGAAGCUCAGCAGAGAAACAGUUCGAAGUACUCAUGGUCUGCGUCGGAGGUUGAUGAAGCAGAGGGUGCAUCUCUGCUUUUUGCCGCUGAUGUAAUUUACAGUGAUGAACUAACCGAUGCAUUUUUCAACAUUGUAGAGAAGUUGAUGUCACAUGGUUCUGAGAAGGUUUUGUACUUGGCUUUUGGAAAAAGAGGCUUAAUGGCACAUUUCAACCUUGUUUUUGUCGGUGAGCGGAUCAAUAUCGAUCAGAUCCCACAGUACAUAAAAGAGUAUGAAAGAGGAAAGGACCUUGAAAUAUGGAAGAUAUGCUACCGCAAAACACCACAUUCAAAGUCUGUCUUGUAG